CUUUGGUUUCUCUCUUGUAUUUGGUAGAUAGGAAAUGGGAAGGAAGUUUCAAACUCACAACAACAGUCUUUGGUCUAUGAAUGAAUGAACCAUUUUGCCAUUUCUAUAAAUUUCACUUCUUUAUUAAUUAUGAGAUGAGACCUUAGACAAUCAUCCAUGUAAUUUCUUUUCUAUUCUCAUGGAUAUUCUCCAAUCAUCUUGCUCUUUCUCUUAUGGAUUUACCUAUGAUGUGUUCCUCAGUUUCAGAGGCACUGACACUCGCUAUGGUUUUACUGGAAAUCUCUAUAGAGCUCUAUGUGACGGUGGAGUUCACACCUUCAUUGAUGAUAGGGAGCUUCAUGGAGGUGACGAAAUCACACAAUCACUUGUUAAGGCCAUCGAAGAGUCCAGAAUUUUCAUUCCAGUUUUCUCUAUCAACUAUGCUUUUUCUUCCUUUUGUUUGGAUGAACUUGUCCACAUCAUUCACUGCUUCAAGGUAAAAGGUUGCUUGGUUUUGCCCAUUUUCUAUGAUGUGGAACCUUCUCACAUGCGACAUCACACUGAGAGUUAUGGUGAAGCAAUAGCUAAACAUGAAGUGAGGUUUCAAAAUAACAAAGAAAAGUAUAAUGAAAACAUGAAAAGGCUGCAUAAAUGGAAGAUGGCUCUUAACCAAGCAGCUAACUUGUCCGGCCACCAUUUCAAUCCUAGGAAUGGAUAUGAAUAUGAGUUUAUUCGAGAAAUAGUAAAAUAUGUAUCCAACAAGAUUAAUCGUGUUCCUUUAUAUGUUGUCGAUCACCCCGUUGGCUUGCAGUGUCGAGUCCUAAAAGUAACUUCACUUCUAGAAGUUGGAUCUAAUGAUGAAGUCAAGAUGCUAGGGAUCUAUGGACCUGGUGGAAUGGGUAAGACAACUCUUGCAAGAGCGGUUUAUAAUGGCGUUGCUGAUCAAUUUGAAUGUGUGUGUUUUCUUCACAAUGUGAGAGAAAAUUCAGCAAAACAUGGUUUAGAGCAUCUCCAAAAGGAAUUUCUAUCCACAACAGUUGGAUUGGACAUUAAGUUAGGAGAUAGUAGUGAGGGAAUUCCAAUCAUAAAGCAAAGGCUACACCGAAAGAAGGUUCUAUUGAUGCUCGAUGACGUUGACGAAUUGAAGCAGCUGCAGGUUUUGGCUGGAGGGCUUGAUUGGUUUUGUGUUGGUAGUAGAGUGAUCGUUACCACUCGAGACAAACAUUUGCUAGCAAGUCAUGACAUUGAAGUUACAUAUGAAAUAGAUGAAUUAAAUACGAAUGAAGCUCUUGAAUUGCUUAAGUGGAAGGCAUUCAAAAGUAAGCAAGUUGAUUCAAGUUAUGAGCACAUUUUAAACCGUGCAGUAAUGUAUGCUUCUGGCCUUCCACUGGCGUUAGAAAUAUUAGGUUCCAACUUAUUUGGAAAGAAUAUAAAAGAGUGGAACUCUUUGUUGGAUCGAUGUGAAAAGAUACCUAACAAAGAGAUUCAAAAGAUACUUAAAGUGAGUUUUGAUGCUUUGGAAGAAGAUGAGCAGAGUGUUUUUCUCGACAUUGCUUGUUGCUUUAAAGGGUAUCAAUUGAAUGAGGUGGAAGAUAUUCUUUGUGCUCAUUAUGGUCAAUGCAUGAAAUAUCAUAUUGGAGUGUUGGUUGAAAAAUCUCUCCUAAAAAUUUGUUGGCAGGGUUAUGUGACAUUACAUGACUUGAUAGAGGUCAUAGGUAAAGAAAUUGUAAGACAAGAAUCACCAAAAGAACCUGGGAAACGCAGCAGGUUGUGGUUCCAUGAGGAUAUAUUUCAAGUUUUAGAAGGAAAUUCCGGAACAAGUGAAAUUGAAAUUAUACAUUUGAAUUCACUACCUGAGGAAAUAGUAGAGUGGACAGGAAAUGAAUUCAAGAAGAUGAAAAACCUCAAAACACUUGUUAUACCAAUAAAUAAGUUCUUUUUCAAACCUCAUCAUCUUCCUAAUAGCUUAAGAGUACUGAUAUGGCAUUGGUAUCCUUCACAAUAUAUACCGUCUGAUUUUUGUCCGAAGAAUCUUUCCAUAUGCAAGUUACCCAACAGUGGCCUUACAUCAUUUAAUUUGGCUAACUCGUUGAAGGAAAGGACGUUCUUCGGUAUGAAAGUUUUACAUCUAGACAAUUCUGAAUGUUUAACAGAAAUAAUUGACAUAUCUAGUCUCAAAAAUUUAGAAGAAUUUUCAUUUCAAAGGUGUGAGAAUUUACUUACGAUUCAUGAUUCUGUUGGGUUCCUGAAUAAACUUAAAAUCUUGAACGCUAAAGGUUGUAGCAAGCUCAGGAGUUUUCCACCAAUUCAGUUGCCUUCUCUGCAAAAACUUGAACUUUCAUGUUGUUAUCGGCUUAAUAAUUUUCCAAAAAUAUUAGGAAAAAUGGACAACAUAGAAGACAUUGAUUUGAUCGGAACUUCCAUUGAAGAAUUGCCGGAUUCAUUUCAAAAUCUCACUAGGCUUAAUGAAUUACUAUUAGUAGUAGAAGGACAUCGAAUGUUGAUUAGGUUACCAAGCUGGAUUCUCAUGAUGCCAAAAUUGUAUCACAUUUGUCUUUAUGGCUAUCAUGUAUUGCCAAACCAGUGUGAUAAACCAAGUUCCAUGGUGUCCUCAAAACUAAAAUCUCUUGGGCUUAGAAAAUGCAACCUAACCGAUGAAUCUCUUCCAAUAAUUCUCAAGUUGUUUUCUAAUGUGACACACUUAGACUUAUCGAUGACUAAUAUCACUAUUCUUCCGGAAUGUAUCAAAGAACAUCGCUCUUUAAGGAGCCUCCGUCUGGAUGAUUGCAAAUGUCUUCAAGAAAUUAGAGGGAUUCCGCCAAAUUUAAAAUACUUGUCUGCAUUAAAUUGUGAAUCUUUGAGUUCCUCAUGUAGAAGCAUGCUAAUAAACCAGGAACUGCAUGAAGCUGGAGGAACCAUGUUUUCUUUGCCAGGAACUGCAUCGAUUCCAGAGUGGUUUGAGCACCAAAGUAGGGGAUGGUCAACUUCUUUUUGGUUUCGUAACAACAUUCCUUCCAUUGUUCUCUUCGUCACUAGUAAAUUGAAACAUGCCGACAGCAGAUUACUUUAUUCAUCAGUUGUUAGUCUUAUCAUCAAUGGCUAUAAAUUGGAUCUUCAUUGUCCGUUUGAUGGCCUUCUUUACUGGAUUUUACUGGAUCAUACAUAUCUAUUUGAUUUGCAUCUACAAGACAUCGAACCUAGCUGGAAAUUAGGCAUAUCUACACCAGAGGAUUACCAGGAUCAAAAACCUAAACUGGACAAAGCACUUUUGAAAAAUGAAUGGAACCAUGCAGAGAUUACGUGUGAAAAUAAGGAGACAAUUCCACUCCUUAUAGAAAUCGGAAUCCACGUCUUCAAACAGAAAAGUAACAUGGAGGAUAUUCAAUUCACUGAUCCUAAUAAAAAUAGAGAAAAUUAGAUGUUGACGGAUAUCUCUCAUCAGGCUAUGAGCAACAACAUAAGUGAUUUGAACGCAACAUCUUCACCUCAAAACCCUAAGACAAUGAGUAUGUGGAUCACCUCGCUUAAAUGUUAUAAUUUUUAUUCAGACUUUCAUUUUCCAUCACUUUUGUCACAAUUUGAGCUGCAACAACAACUAAUGGAUCAUGCUUGGACACAAUAUCAUUCAAGGUAUGAAGACAUGUGCAAUGAACACAGAAUUCCAACAAU